AUGCAUUUUCUUACGCUUCCAUUUCUCGCUGCCGUCGUAGUAGACUGCGUGGCUGCAAGAGCACUUUCAUCUACUCACGUGGUGCACGAGAAGCGAGAUGUUGCCAGUACUGGUCGUUGGGUCAAAAGGGAUCGGGUCUCAUCCCACGUCAAAGUGCCUGUUCGGAUAGGCCUCAAGCAGAACCAAGAUGCUCUGAAAAGUGCCGAAGCGUGGCUGAUGGAAGCAGCCCAUCCAGCUUCAACCAACUAUAGCAGGCAUUGGACAUCGGACGAAGUUGUCGAAGCGUUUCAGCCAUCUGCAGACGCCGUAGACGAGGUUCUGGCCUGGGUCUCCGAGACAGCACGGAUUGCUAAGAACAAGAUUACCCACACAGAUAACAAGGCCUGGCUAGCGUUUGACGCGAGUGUGUCAGAUCUUGAGGAUCUACUGCAGACAGAGUACCACGAACACCACCAUGAAAGUAGUGGUCGUACCAUGAUUACCUGCGACCAAUAUCACAUUCCAUCACACCUCUCACAACACAUCGACUACAUCACGCCAGGUGUCAAAGGUAUACAAGUCCACUCAUCUGAGCUCAAGAAGCGGAGUUUCAGACCUGGCAAGCCUGGACAAGGCUGGGGUGAAGGUCCUGGGUGGGGAGGAGCGCCAGGUGGAUGGCAGCCACCCAAGAAUCGACCAGCUCCUCACAUGCCCAACCCAAGCACACAGCUCCAGACGUGUGAUCAGGUCAUCACUCCAGCAUGCUUGCAAGCUCUGUACCACUUCAAGUCACUUUCGCCAGAUGCUCAGGUCAGCCCGAAUAACUCCAUGGGCAUCUUCGAGACUGGCAAUGCCUACGCCCAACAAGACCUCAAUAGCUUCUACACCAACUUCACGUCAUACAUUCCGAACGGCACUCACCCAAUCCUCGACUCCAUCGAUGGUGGCCAGGCUCCCGUUGCUAACGUCAGUAAUGCUGGUGGCGAGUCCGAUCUCGAUUUCGAGCUCGCUAUUCCGAUCAUCUAUCCACAGACCACUACCCUUUAUCAAGUGGACGACCCCUACUAUGCUAACGGCGGCAACGGUACCACUACUGGCAUCUUCAACACGUUUUUUGACGCUCUCGAUGGAUCCUACUGCACCUAUGCUGCUUAUGGCGAGACUGGAAACGAUCCGGUGCUCGAUCCCACGUACCCUGAUCCUAAUACCAAUGGCUAUAAAGGCCCACUCAUGUGUGGAGUAUACAAACCAACUAACGUGAUCUCGAUCUCAUACGGCGAGCAGGAGCAAGAUCUGCCAGCGUAUUACCAGCAGCGGCAAUGCAAUGAGUUCUUGAAGCUCGGCCUCCAAGGCACGUCAAUCUUUGUUGCGAGCGGAGACACUGGUGUCGGUGGCUAUGCAGGGGAUGGAUCAUACAACGGCUGUCUGAACAACGGCACCGUCUUCUCCCCUACUCAACCCAACUCAUGUCCAUGGCUCACGAACGUGGGCGGCACUAAAGUAUAUCCAGGCCGAACGGUCUACGAGCCCGAGUCUGCUGUCGUCGACCCCGCUGGACAUCCUUACAGAUCUGCCUACAGCUCGGGAGGAGGCUUUAGCAACAUCUUUCCCAUCCCUUCCUAUCAAUCUUCGGCUGUGGCUACAUAUUUCUCGGACCACAACCCACCAUACCCAUACUACUACAACGGCCAAUACAAUGGUUCGGCCGGCUUGUAUAAUCGCAAUGGCAGGGGUAUUCCGGAUGUGGCAGCCAAUGGCGACAAUAUUGCUACCUAUACGGCAGGUAAAUUCCGUACCUCGGGCGGUACUUCCGCCUCUGCACCUAUUUUUGCGGCACUAGUCACUAGGAUCAAUGAGGAGCGGAUUAAAGUCGGAAAGGGACCUGUGGGAUUCAUCAAUCCGGUGUUGUAUCAGCAUCCUGAGGUGCUCAACGACAUUGUCAAUGGCACAAACCCAGGAUGUGGCACGGAAGGGUUUUCUUGUGCGCCUGGCUGGGACCCGGUUACCGGACUUGGUACGCCGAACUAUCCUCGCAUGCUGAACCUCUUCCUGUCGCUACCAUGA